CUGCGUCUGCAGACUUCCAGCAAUGCAGACGGGAAGGGAGACGGGUUUUGUGCGGGGCCGGGCGGCGAGCCCUAAGUUCGUCUCCUCACAGGAUGGACCCCACAGCUUACGCCGAGCAGCUCAAAGAGGCUGGCAACCACGUCCUGAAGAACGGGAACUUCUCUCUCGCCAUCAGAAAGUACGACGAAGCCAUCCAGAUUCUCCUGCAGUUAUACCAGUGGGGGGUCCCCCCCAGGGAGCUGGCUGUGUUGCUGUGCAACAAAUCCAGUGCGUUUUACAGCCUUGGGAAAUGGAAUGAGGCCUUCGUGGCAGCCAAGGAAUGUCUCCAGUGGGAUCCAACCUACGUGAAGGGAUACUACCAAGCUGGCUAUUCCUUACUGCGGUUGCGCCAACCUUAUGAAGCGGCUCGCAUGUUUUUUGAGGGUCUGCGACUUCUGCAAGGCACUCCAGACCAGAUCCAGGUUGCUGAUUUCCUCGUGGGAGUCUUCACCACUAUGGGCAGUGACCCCAUUGUUUUGCAAAGUUUCUUGCCCUGUUUUGAUCAUAUUUUUACUACCGGAUUCUCAACAGAAGUGUGGCAAUCUGUAAUAGAAAAGUUGGCAAAAAAAGGAUUAUGGCAUUCAUUCCUACUUCUGUCGGCGAGAAAAGACCGGCUACCGAGAGAUAUCCAUGUCCCAGGGUUAACACUGAAGAGUCUCUUUGAGCAAUACGUCUUCAUUGGACUUUAUGAGAAGAUGGAACAGGUGCCCAAAUUAGUUCAGUGGCUCAUCUGCCUUGGUGCAAGUAUUGAGACUAUAGGACCAUACCCUCUUCAUGCCCUCAUGCAACUCUGUAUCCGAGCAAAGGAAAACCAUCUUUUCAGGUGGUUAAUGGACCACAAGCCCGAGUGGAAAGGCCGCAUCAACCAGAAGGACGAGGAUGGCUGCACUGUCCUCCACGUCGUCGCCGCGGCCCCCUCCCCAGGAUACCUCAUCAAGCGGCAAACAGAGGAUGUGCAGAUGCUCCUGAGCUUUGGGGCAGACCCUACCCUGCUGGAUCGACAGUCCCGUUCUGCCAUGGAUGUCCUGAAGAGGAAUAAGAACUUCAAAGCCAUUGAGAAAAUCAACAGUCACUUGGCAAAGCUGGCUGCAUGUUCUAAGGACCUAUCAGGACUGAACAAUGGUGAUGGACCUGUUAGUGAGACUGACAUUUUCCGGAACGCCUCUGAGCAGCUGGUGAAGUACAUGAACUCAGGAAACCGGCUACUGCAUAAAAACUUUCUGAAGCAAGAAGUCGUUCAGAGGUUCUUGCGCCUUCUUUCUUCUCUGCAAGAAAUUCCUCCUGACCUGGUCUGUGACAUUAACCGUGACUGCGCCAACACCUUCAUCAAGUUUUUACUGGAGAAACAGAAAUGGCCAGAAGUGCUUCUGUUGCUGACCCGCAAAGUGAGUGGGGAGCCACCGCUGGGAGACUGUCUCAUCAAGGACUGCAACUUCUCAGACCUUGACCUCUGUGCUGUCAUCCCCCGCCUCAGCACCUGGGACCCUCGGAGGAUGCAGCUCCUGGGCUGCCUCAUCGACAGUGGAGCCUUGCCCGAGGGUCUCCAUGACAGCCAGGAGACGCCGCUUGUCAUGUGCCUGAAACAUGAGGACUUUGAGCUGGCGUUUCUUCUCUUGACCAAGGGUGCAGACCCCCGCAGUAUCUCCCUCACGGAAGGUGAUACUCCUUUGCAUGCAGCACUCCACAUCUUUUUAGACAUCAAAGCUGACACCGGUUUUAACUUCCUCAGCUACCUGUUGGAUCUCUUCUGGUCCAAACCCACUGAAUUUUUCUACCUCAACCCCAACAGCCAGGAUAGCAAUGGGAACACGCUGAUGCACAUCAUCUUCCAGAAGGGCAUGCUGAAGCGCAUGAAGAAGCUGAUAGACCUGCUGGUGAAGUUUGACAUCAACUUGAACUUGAAGAACAAAGAAGGCAAAGACGCGAGGCACCGGAUUAAGAAGAACGAUGCUCUGCUCUUGGCCUGGAACAAAGCUCUGAUGGAGAGCAAGCGGAGGAGCCGGCAGGACUCUACUGCCCACCCAGGGAAGCUCCCGAGGCCCACUGCCUCUGGUCACACGUCUCAGCUCAAGUCCCAGGGUUCAUCCAAGUCACUGCCAUGCAGCGUCCCUGCCAGGACCCUGCCCGAAGGAACCAUGGUCCCCGACAGCUGGGAGACUCUCCCGGAUGCCCAGGCGAUGGGGCAGGAGCCUGGAGCUGUCAGGCCCUGCUCUCUGAGAGACCGCCUGGUGCAGGACAUCAUGGGUUUAAUUCAGCAGGUUGAAUUGGAUACGUCCCUCCCCGAGGACUGUCCUCAGGACUCUGAGCCUCUGGAGAUAGGCAUUGGUACAGAAGCAAAGAAGGACGAGCUCCAGCGAGCCCUGGGGCCUCAAGGCUCUGACUCUAGUGGGAACAACCACAGCGUCCUUGAGGCAGGGGGUGGAUGUGCUCAGGCAGGCCUUGGGGCCUCGCAGCUCAUGCCUGCUGGCCACAGAGGGAGUGAGGGCAGCGAUGAUCCAGGCAGCCAGAACACGCAGGAGAUCGAAGUCUGCCUCCAGGACUUUGAGAACAUGACGUGGGAGAUCGAGUGCACUUCGGAAAUGCUGAAAAAGCUGUCCAGUAAGGUCAUGACGAAGGUCAUGAAGAAGAAAAUCAUCCUAGCUAUCCAGCAGCUGGGGAAUGGUGAGUGGACGCAGGGCCUGCAGAAACGGCUGAAGCACCUGCAGGGAAGCAUCCAGCUCUUCGAGGCCAAGCUGGACAAGGGGUCUCGAAUGCUGUGGGAGCUGGCCAUUGACUUCUCCCCUCGAUGCAGUGAGAACCCGGAGAAGAUCAUCGCUGCCACAGAGCGGAACCUGCACAGCCCGGAGAAGUCGGGUCGGGUCUACACAGAAAUCAUCCGGAUCUGGGACAUCGUCUUGGACCACUGCAAGCUGUCGGACUCCAUCAGGGCCAUCUGUAGCGCCUACAACCGGGGCCGGUCCUGUGUCCUGCGGAAGAAGCUGAAGGGCAUCCACCAAGGCCAGGUGUCAGCCAAUGUGAAAGUCCAAAAGCGCAUACCCCGCUGCUACGUGGAGGACACGGAGGCCGAGAAGAGCCAGGAGCAUGUGAACCCCGAGUAUUUCCCACCGGCCAGCGCUGUGGAGACGGAGUAUAACAUCAUGAAGUUCCACAGCUUUAGCAACAGCAUGGCCUCCAACAUCCUCAACGACACAACAGCGACAGUGGAGUACCCCUUCAGGGUGGGUGAGCUGGAGUAUGCCGUGAUUGACCUCAACCCCAGGCCACUGGAGCCCAUCAUCCUCAUUGGGCGGAGCGGCACUGGGAAGACAACUUGCUGCUUGUACAGGCUGUGGAAGAAAUUCCACAUUUACUGGGAGAAGGCUGAGCAGGCAGGAAGCCCGCUACUGACCAAGCAGUUGUGGGUGAAGAGAAGGUUGGAAGUGGAACCCGGAAAGGAAGGUCCCCAGACGGACGAAGAGGACAAGGAGGAGGACCAGGAAGGUUCCAUGGAAGCGGAAACAGCGGACGGCAUGGACGAGGAGCGGGAUAGCGAAGCCUGUGCAGCGGGACCCAGCGGGGCGCUGGGCGAGCCUGGCCAGGUGGUGGAAGUGUGCGCCACAGAGCAUCCCCACCAGCUGGAGCAUUUACAUCAGAUCUUCGUGACCAAGAACCAUGUCCUGUGCCAGGAGGUGCAGAGGAAUUUCAUUGAGCUUUCCAAGUCUACCAAGGCCACCAGUCACUACAAACCACUGGAAUCCAGUGUCCACAAACUUCAGGACUUAAGGGACGAGAACUUUCCUCUCUUUGUCACUUCCAGGCAGCUGCUCCUCCUGCUUGAUGCUUCCCUGCCCAAACCAUUUUUUCUGAGAAAUGAAGACGGCAGCUUGAAAAGAGCCAUUGUGGGAUGGUCCACCCAGGAAGAGCUGACCAUCCCCAACUGGCAGGAGGAUGAGGAGGAGGCUGAGGCAGAUGGGGACAAUGGCGAGGAGGAUAAAGCUGCAGAAACACGUACGUGUGACAGUGACCCCCGGGUGUUUGUGACAUUUGAGGUGUUCACCAAUGAAAUAUGGCCCAAAAUGAUCAAAGGGAAAACCUCCUACAACCCCGCAUUGAUUUGGAAAGAAAUAAAAUCUUUUCUGAAGGGGUCUUUUGAAGCCCUCAGCUGCCCCCAGGGGAGGCUCACAGAAGAAAUGUAUAAGAAAUUAGGGAGGAAGCGGUCCCCCAAUUUCAAGGAAGACCGGAGCGAGAUCUACAGUCUCUUCUGCCUGUACCAGCAGAUCAGGUCUCAGAAAGGUUAUUUCGACGAAGAAGAUGUUCUGUAUAACCUCUCCCGGAGGCUGUCGAAACUCAAGGUGCUCCCAUGGUCCAUCCAUGAGCUCUAUGGCGAUGAGAUUCAGGACUUCACCCAAGCCGAGCUGACACUGCUGAUGAAAUGCAUCAAUGACCCCAACGCCAUGUUCCUCACGGGGGACACGGCCCAGAGCAUCAUGAAGGGCGUGGCCUUCCGCUUCAGUGACCUUCGCUCUCUGUUCCACUACGCCAGUAGAAACACCGUGGACAAGCAGUGUGCGGUCCGGAAGCCCAAGAAGAUCCACCAGCUGUACCAGAAUUACAGGUCCCAUUCGGGGAUCCUCAGUCUGGCAUCUGGGGUCGUGGAUUUACUUCAGUUCUAUUUCCCGGAGUCUUUUGAUCGCCUCCCCAGGGAUUCUGGCCUCUUUGAUGGUCCCAAGCCAACUGUCUUGGAGUCUUGUAGUGUGAGCGACUUGGCAAUUUUGCUACGAGGGAACAAAAGGAAAACCCAGCCUAUUGAAUUCGGAGCCCACCAGGUAAUCCUUGUAGCUAAUGAAAUGGCAAAGGAGAAAAUUCCGGAAGAGCUGGGGUUAGCCCUUGUGCUAACCGUGUAUGAAGCGAAAGGUUUAGAAUUUGAUGAUGUCCUCCUUUACAACUUUUUUACUGACUCUGAGGCUUACAAGGAAUGGAAGAUCAUUUCUUCAUUUACGUCUUCAUCAUCUGACUCCAGAGAGGAAAACCAACCACUGAUUGAAGUGCCCCUGGAGAAAGCCAGCUCCUCCCAGGGUCGGUCUCUCACGGUGAAUCCAGAAAUGUACAAGCUCCUCAAUGGAGAGCUGAAGCAACUAUAUACUGCCAUUACACGGGCCCGGGUGAACCUCUGGAUCUUUGAUGAAACCCCAGAGAAGCGGGCUCCUGCUUUCAGAUAUUUCAUGAGAAGAAGGUUUGUCCAAGUUGUGAAGACAGAUGAAAAUAAAGACUUUGAUGACAGUAUGUUUGUUAAGACCUCAACGCCUGAGGAGUGGAUCGCACAAGGAGAAUAUUAUGCUAAACACCAGUGCUGGAAGGUUGCCGCCAAGUGUUACCAGAAAGGAGGUGCAUUUGAGAAGGAGAAGUUGGCGCUGGCCCACAACACUGCUCUGAACAUGAAAUCCAAGAAAGUCAGCCCCAAGGAGAAGCAGGUGGAGUACUUGGAACUGGCCAAGACCUAUUUGGAGUGCAAGGAGCCAAAGCUGUCCCUUAAGUGCCUGAGCUAUGCCAAGGAGUUCCAGCUGUCCGCCCAGCUGUGCGAGAGGCUGGGGAAGAUAAAAGAUGCUGCCUGUUACUAUAAGCGAAGCCAGUGCUACAAAGAUGCUUUCAGAUGCUUUGAGCAGAUUCAGGAAUUCGAUCUAGCACUCAAAAUGUACUGCCAGGAGGGGCUUUUUGAAGAAGCUGCUAUUGCAGUGGAAAAGUACGAAGAAAUGCUAAGGGCCAAGACCCUUCCUAUAUCCAAGCUGUCUUAUUCUGCCAGUCAGCUUUACCUGGAAGUGGCAGCAAACUACCUGAGUGCAAAUAAGAUCAAGGAGAUGAUGACUGUCCUCUCGAAGCUAGACAUAGAAGACCAGCUGGUGUUCCUGAAGUCUCGCGGACGGCUUGCAGAAGCUGCAGAACUGCUGAACAGGGAAGGUCGGCGAGAAGAGGCUGCCUUGCUGAUGAAGCAACAUGGCUGCCUGUUGGAGGCUGCCAGGCUCACUGCCGACAAGGACUUCCAGGCCUCGUGUCUGCUGGGGGCUGCCCGCCUCAAUGUGGCCAGGGAUUCAGAUGUAGAGCACACCAAGGCCAUUCUGAGAGAAACUCUUGACCUCUGUUAUCAAACCAAUCAGUUGUCUGGCAUCGCUGAGGCCCAUUUCCUCCAGGGGGUGAUCCUGAGAGACUUUCAAAAGCUCAAGGAUGCCUUCUUCAAGUUUGACACACUCAAUCACUCAGCUGGAGUGGUGGAGGCGCUCUACGAAGCUGCCAGCCAUUGUGAGGCCGAGCCUGAGAAGGUCCUGGCCCUGGCUCCGGGGGGUCUGGAAGUCCUCCUCAAUCUGGUCAGGGCCCUCAAAAGAGUGACCAACAAUGCGGAGAAGGAGAUGGUCAAGUCUUGCUUUGAGUUUUUUGGAAUUUCCCAGGUGGAUGCCAAGUAUUGCCAGAUAGCUCAGAAUGACCCUGGACCCAUAUUAAAAAUAAUUUUUGACCUGGAUUUGAACUUGAAAGAGAAGAAAACAAAAGACUAUUUCUUGAUAAUGACUGACCAAGUGAAAUUAGCCCUCAACAAACACCUUUUGAGUAGGCUGUGUCAGAUCACACGGAGCCUGCUUGGGAAGACCUACCCAGGCGUCUGCAUGAGGUUUAUUGUAGGCUUGAAAUGUGAGGAUGAAAACUGUAAAGAUUUCCACAGGCCUUUGCGGCGUUGUGAGGCCAAGUGUUUGGUUCAGUCAAAAAUGCACUUGGUGGCCAUCAGUGGGUUGCUUUUGGAAGCCAAAAGAGUAUUCCCUAAAAUCUUGGCAGAAGAACUUGAAGAAAUUGAUUAUAUUUUGCCUACAGAUACGUAUGGCCUUUGCAAAUCCUUCCUGAAUGUCCUCUUCCCUAAGCAUUUCCAUCAGAGAGUGUUGUCAGAAAACCCCAUGGCGUGCAAAGAAAUCCUCAAAACAAACUACAAAUCCUUUCGGUCCUGCAGGUCUGCUCUGAAAGAGUACAUCCAUUUUCUGUUUCAAAACAAAAGGGCACGAAGCCGCCGGGAGUCUACGGACCUGUGGCUGAGCGCCAUGCAGGCUUUCCUUGUCUCCUCCAACUAUCCGGAGGAGUUUGAAAAGCUACUCCACCAGGAGGAGGACAGCUACAACAGGGAACUCAAAGCUCUAGAGGCUGAAAAAGAGGAAAGGGGCAGGGGGAGAGGCAGCAAGAUGAAGGGAAUAGAAGGAAAAUUCGGCAUGUUGGCACCCAACAAGGAUGACGACAAUACCGAGAAGACCCACCUUUGCUUCAUCCGGCUGCUGGAGAAUUGCAUUGACCAGUUCUAUGUAUACAGGAACCCAGAAGACUACAAGAGGCUCUUUUUCCGCUUUAUGAAUGUCCUGGUCAAGAGGUGCAAAGAACCGCUCAUCCCCAGCAUCGGGAACACCGUGGCCCUGUUGGAGUUCCAAUUUGUCCACUGUGCGGUGGUUCUGGCCCGCCUCUUGAAGAAUGCCAUCCUCUGCCUCCCCAAGAGCUACAUUGCGCUCUUGCACUACUGGGAGUUCCUGUUCAGCAAGAAAGACAGGGAGCUCGGGGACGUGUUCUGCAUCAUUCAGGAAUACAAACCCAAGGACGUGACAAGGGCCAUUCAGGAUUUCCGGUUCCACCUCUCCUACCUCGUCAAGGUGCUCUGCGGCUGUGAGAACAUGAACUUCAAUGUCCUGCUCGAUGCCUUCGCUGAGAUAGAGUACGUGGUGUCUGGUGAGGCAGAGCGGACCCUGGUGCUGUGCCUGGUGAUGCUGGUGAAUGCCAAGGAGCUCCUGCAGCCGUGCUGCAAACCUCUUCUGCACCGCCACUUCCAGGAGAUCCAGAAGAGGCUGCAGCAGAUGAGCAUGGACUGCCCGGACCAGGUUCCCGAGAGGCUCCUGAAAGUGGUCAAGCGGGUGUUGACGGCAGUCACCGUGAAGUCUGUGGCUGAGGCGCUGCAGGACCUGCUCUCUGAACGGGACGAAGAGUACCUGAUGGACUGCCACUGGCGGUGGGACAGCGUGCACACCAAGGGGCCCGUGGUGCGCGGUCUCUACCACGAGGAAGUGAAACUAAGCCGCCUGCUCUGUGUGGACUCCGUGGACUACCUUGCUGAGCCAGAGUGCGAGUUUGGUCAGGACGAGACAGAUGAGUUGGCCUCAGACGACCGGGACCGCCUCCUGGCUGCUAUCCUUUCCCAGAAGCAGCGGAAGGCUUCCAUCCAGCGGAAGCUGAGAAGGGCCUGCCUGGUGGUGUCCCUGUGCAUCAGCUGGAGGAGAAGGGUGAGUGCGCAGACAGAGUGCUUCCGGGAGGAGACCAGGGAGCCCGGGGUCGGGAACUUCAAGAAGGCCGAUGUCGACAGGACCCAGUGCGACCUGUGUGGGGUGAAGUUCACCGGAGGUCCUGACAACUAUUUCAGCCCCGGGAAGGCAUUUGAGGGAGAGGCUUCAGAGGCGGUGGCCAUUUCCAGGGCCGAGCUGGGAGACACGGAGGGUCGGGAGAGGAAUAGCGAGUCUUACGAGCAGCACAUCCUCCUAGAAGGUCAUCAGAGGCAGCAGGUGGCCUAUCAGAAGUACUCGGAAUUUUUCCGCGAGAACGUGGACCCGGCCAUUGAUGAAGGCAAGCUGGUGGUACAGGACAUUGAGCAGAGCAUGUGGGUCUGCAGUCACCCGGGCUCCAAAGAGCACAGCCACAUGCUGCAGAGGAAGGUCCAGGAGAACAUCAAGAAGGUUUCAGAUACGGUGGAGGACCUCUACAGGCGCAAGGCCUGGGCUGGCGCAGAGGAAGUGAUGUUUCGGUUGGUCAGCAUUCUGAUCCGGUCAGUCAGGGAUGCGCGGGAGUGGCUGAAGACACAACUCCACUUAAAGGAGGAAGGUAUCGUUCAGGAAGAUGAUUACGAAAAUGAAGUGGAAGACUUUGGUGAGCUCCGUCCUCGAAGACGUCUGCGGAAAUGUGGAAAGCAGAGAAAAUACUAAUGUCCACACAGCUGCUGCCUCCUGAGCCUUGAGAACAUUCCAUCCUGACUUAGAAUUCUGAGUGCUCGAGCAGAAGAGAAAAGGAAUGUAAAUUAGCUUUAAAAAGUAGGGGAGUCUAGCAACACCUUUGAUUUUUGUUCUUGUUAUUUUUCUCACCGGUGGCUUUGACCUGAUUACUCUGUCACUUUGAAGUCUAGCAGUGGUAGUUCUCUCUAGAACUUGUUCACAUGAGAGGAGUCAUAGCUGAAAUAACCUGGGGAUGCCUCACCCCAAAGCUCUGACGUUCUCUGGCACAUCCCCAUUGUGACAUGAGUCAUCAGCAAGGGACACCCUUCACCUCAGAGGUGGUGCUGCUCCCGGCCGGGAAAUCCCUCCACGGAUUCCCUCAUCUCCUUUUCACGCGGCUGCAGCAUCAGGAACCCAGUGUGCGCCCGGGGUCCCUGUGGGCCCACCGCUGGCCACUUGUGACCCCAGGCCACACCCUCUGGUCAUCUCUGAACCUACUUGUAGCAAGGUCCCUUCUGUUAUGUACAGUAGCUUCUUCUGUCUGUGCACCUUUUCUGCCCUCCUCCUCCCCAUUUUUUGGGGGGAUGAUUUUCAGCUCCCUGUGCAAGUCACGGUUAGACUACCUCAGAAUGUAGUCCAGAAAUCCCCCCUCCUCCUCCCCCCCUGCCAUGUCCUGUGGGCGGAAGCCUCAGGACUUUUGCCCUAGGAGGCAAGCCUGGGGGAUGUUGUGGGGGGUUCCCAGCCUGCCUCUCCAAGAUGGUCCUAACUCUGCCUUCGCUAUGGUGCAGACAUUCCAAAAAGUGUUUGUAUGUGGCCCUGUGUGUCUCGUUUUCUUGAUUGAAGGAUGCUAUUGCUUCACACCCAAGCCCCACUGAGCCAGCGGCCAUCAGUGUGGUCCCAUUCUGGAGGCCUCCAUGCCGCUCAUGGCUCCUGCCCACCCUCUCCCCUGCCCCUCAGCUCAGCCUGCUGUGAAAGCUUGGGUUAUGUGGGCCCUUCAUCGCUCUGUCCACACAGCAGAGCCCGCUUGCUCCCUGUGUUCUGCUGCUUUUGCUGCUUAUUGUUUUCUCCUUAUCGUCUUUCUAAAUGACUGUUUCCUUGUUUCUAAUUUUUAUUAGGUUGUGUUUCUAAUUUUUAUUCCAGGUGUUUUUUUGUAAACUUUACUUGCCAGAACAAAAGGGAAAAAAACCCAAUCAAAUCUUACUGUAUUAUCACAUUUUUAUAAAGUUAAAUCAUUUCUCUUACCUGGAGCCGCCCAUUUAUUUGUUUCAAGUCUCCACUCAGAGAGUAAACGGUAAAUCCUGGCACUGGUUCUCUCUGACCAGCUGGUUGAUGCUGACCCUGGCAGAAGCUUGCUGUGCCUUCUGAAAUGAAGACAUCCGGGGACUCAGGGCUGGUUGCGGUGUCUCCUGAGGCCUUGCCUGGGCCUCCUGAGCAUUCGGGGUGUGGACUGUACGGAGUUUUGUCAGUGCUGCCUCUGGGACUGCAGCCAACAAGAACAUAGCCCUGGGAGACAGGAGACCUGGAGUCGAAUCCUCUCCCGCCCUUACGGAGCGGUAUAACCUGGGGUGCGUCAGAUCACUGAGUGCCUAGAUGCGGCACCCCUUUGGGGGCUCAGAGUCUGCUGUGAUGGGGAGGUGGAGACGUGGGAAAGAAGCCGUGAUAGAAAUGCAUAUCGCACGGGGUGGCAGCUGCAUUUAUGUAGUCCAGUGGGGCCUCAGUUUCCCCUUUGGGGGAAUCGAAUGGUCCAAGAGCCCUUUGUGCUCUGAUGCCCAGUGGUUCUGUAGGUUGUUGCCAUGGGUUUGAACACCCUCUGGUCUUGGUUGUGUGAUCUCAGGGUUUGCUUAUGUUGGGUGAGCAGGAGAGCUGAGUCUCAGGAAACAAAGUGUCCUCUGAUCCUAUGCUUCGAGGUCCAGGAGGCUCAUAACUGGGCCAGAUGAGUCUGCUGUCUUCUAUAUCAACACUGUCUGAUAGAAACUCCUAGAGAGAACCACUCUCAGGAAUCCACCUUCUCAAUUGUAGGGGGGCUUAGAGUGUGCGUGAGGAGGUUGGGAGUGAGGAAUGGGAUUCAGCGACCGGGUCAGUAAUUCCCACCAAUGACCUCAAUCCACAGGCCCUCCCAGUAGCAGGGGCUUUGGUGUCCCAGGCCUUGCCCAGAAAUCCGGGACGGGGGCUGUGUGUCAGAGAUCCCCAAGACUACUCUCAGGUUUGGUAAUUCACUAGAGGGCUCGUAAGACUCAGCAUGUAGUUGUAGUCAUAGCUCCGAUUUAUUAUAGCCAAAGCAUACCAAGCACCAUCCGUGCGCAAAGGGAGAAGGCACAUGGGCUGAGUCUGAGGUGGGGGUGGGGAGGGAUACCAGGUGCAGGCUUCUGAGGGUCCUCUCCCAGUGGACUCACACAGGACACGCUUAGUUCCCCCACCGACGAGUGUGACAACACAUAUGAAUUGUUGCCAAUCAAAAUUUAUUAGAGACUCAGUGCUCAGAGUUUUUAAUGGGGCCUGGUCAUGUGGGUAUCUUCUGCCUAGAACCUAGCAAAGUCACAGCGUCUCAGAAGGAAAGCAGGCGUUCAGCAUAAACUACAUUGUACAAAUAGUUUGAGCACUUUGAGCCACGGUUAUCAGUUCUGGAGAUGGCAGGAACCCUCCAGAAAUUCAAGUUACCAGACACCAGCCAAGGGGAAACCUUGUAAGCAGGUUUCUUUCAAAAGAGAGCAGUCAGACCUGCUGUGUUAACUCUUUCCUGGGGUUCCGCGAGGCUGGAGCUCUGUCAUGAUCAGCCCCCUAGCUUGCCUUGUGGUCCCUCCCCCCGCCCCCAUGUACCCAGCUGCUGGACAAGCAUGUACAUAGCUAAUGUCUAUCUCUCCUGUAAAGAGGGUGAAUUCUCAGGGACAGUUCAUCUUCCAAAAUCCCAUCAUGAAGAAUCAGCUAUUUUCCUAACUGCCUCAGACGUUAAUUCCACUUCUUUGCAGGCAGCAUUAAUUGUUUGGAAUGGUGUUUAGGGCCCUUGAAGCCUGCUGAGGGAAGGGAAAGGGCUGGAUGGCUCCUACCAACAUGCACAUGCUUUGGCCUGACUGUUCUUAGCCGAGAGCCCUUGUUCUCCUCAAAUUCUCUCUGGGGAAACGGGUUCAGUCUUCCAAUGACUGGAGGAAGGAAGGACACUGAUGUGGGAGCCGACAGCUCUGUGCUGACACCUCAGUAUUUCACCUCAUCACUAGUGGGGGAAAUGGGUCCAGGUGAUGCAUCUUACCUUGGGUCACAGAGCCAUUCUGAGGCAGGGCUGAGACCUGGACUGGGUUUUCGGAGGCUAGCCAGCACUCUCCACGGAGGACUCAGGCACUGAGGUCAACAGCAAAUGUCAGCGAUUCUUUCUGGAGCCCAUCGCCCCAGCCCAGUAUCAGGACAUAGAGUGCACUGACUGGCCCCUGGGCGCUGACACAGCUCAGUCACUUCAACUUCUCACCUGCUUUCUGGCACUGGGGUCUUCCUAUAGGAAAUUAAUGUGUCUUCUCCUGCCACCCACUCAGAACAGGACAAAGCAGCUGCCCAGAGUCAUCCCUAGUGGAUGACAAAGCUCAGCACUGCUCCCCAAGCUGCCGGCUUUACUCUCUCCUGAGUGCACCCACCCUUUACCCCGAAUACUGAAGUUCACAUACUGAAUCCCAUUUCAUCCCCUACCUCCAAACCCAGGGCUGUAGAUAUCAUGUUCACUUUUCCCUUGCUGGCCUGCCUCAGUUUCCCCAGAGUGGUCACUUGUCGUUCAAAAUGAGCCCCAGGUUUGCUGAGCAUCCUGGCCAACAAUGACCAUGGCAAGAGCCCCUGCUCAUGGAGCUCAGUGUAAUUUACAGCUUAUGUCACACCUGUUCUCUGCACAGAAGGCAGGCAUAGUAGUGCUUCCAGGUCCUGGCUGUCCCUAAGGUCUCCUCCUAGCUGGAGUGCGUCAGCUAUUCGUUUCUCUAGUGUCAUGACAUGGGCUCUUCUGGGCUCAUCCCAGGGGGCUGAUCCAGUGUUGCAGGAUGGGCACAUGGCUUGUGGGGAUGUGAGAGGGAGGAGGCCAAGAGAUGGAUGAGGCUUGUACUCUGCCCUCUCUCUAGAGCUCACAGGAUUCUCCAGGCUCGGAUGGGGAGAUCACUCCCAGGGCCCAGGAAAAUGAUUAAGGCUAUAAACACUCCAUGUUAAAAUCCCAGCAACUUCCAGGUUUUACCCAGUAGGUGUAUGAGGUAUUUCAUUUGAAUUUUUGAAUGUGAAUGACAUUGAAUGUGAGUUUCCUGUGUUUCCAUCUGAUUUUAGUAUGGCUUUGGUAAUACUGGGAUUUCAUGAUCUAACAAUAGGACAGUACACAUGAAUUUCAGUUGUACAAGGAAUGUUACAUUUUAUUUAAAUUAAUUAAAAUCCUACUCUGAGCCCUCUUUGGUGGGAAAUUCAACCCAAGUCAUUUUGGGGGACCUUUUGUUUCCUUUAGGUCUCUAAUCUUGGGAGGUCUACAUAGCACAGGUAAAAGGAGGAAGGCCCUCUCUCCUUCAGUUCGUGGUGGCCACCACUGACACAUUCUUUCCAAGCUAGCGGGGGGUCUGAGUUGAUGGGUGACUUUUCUCCUUCCAAGCUGAGCUUGGUGAGGCUAGGAGCCCUGGGACAUCUGGUCCAGCAUCUGUAGAUGAACCACUCAACCAUCAUCCUUGAAGUUUUCCCACCUCCCCAUUGCAUUGCGAUGAAUGUGAAUGCAGGUCCCUAUUGGUCAGGGCAUCCCCUGGCCCCUGCAUCACUCCUGAACUGAGGAGUCCUAGCUACUACCUUGGAAAAGGGGGUGGAACAUAUGGAGAGAACAGUCACAAAUUCACAGCUAAAUAAGGGUUGAGGGCUCUGGUAGGUAGAUUUCAAAGACAGCUACUGUCUAUUUCUUCCUGUCCUUGCAUGUGUGUGUCAUCCUGCCCAUCAAGAGGUGGAGUCAGUUUUCCUUCCCCUUAUGACUUGCUUUGGCCAAUAGAUUGCAGCAGAAGUGACAUUGUCUAAUCUGGGUCUUGCCUUUAAGAAGUCUGGCAGCUUCUGCUUUUCUUUGGGAUAAUCCAGCUGCUAUGUAAGAAUUCAGUUGUGCCAAGGCCACCAUGCUGUGAGGAAGCCCAAGCUAGCCAGGCAGAGAGGCCACAUGUAGGAGCCGCAUGUAGGAGCCCAGGGGCACCAUUCAUGUGAACAGAGCCUUCUUGGACAUUUCAGCCUAGGGCCUGCUCAGUGAGGCCAAUGCAGUGACCCUAGCACCCACCGCACCAGCUGAGGCUUGCCCAAAUUAACUGAGAAUUAACAAAGCAUUAUGGCUUUAAGCUGUUAAGUCUUGGGAUUGUUUGUUACCCAGCAAUAGAUAACUGAAACCAGGCCCUACUACGUGUUAGGUACUAUUAGGCAUGCAUUAGCUCCAGAUCUUACAGCGCUCCAAAAUAUAGUGAUUAUCACAAAUAUGUGUAAAGUGAAGGAGGGGUUUGCCUGAGGUCAGGCAAAUAGGAACUCCCUAUUGGAGCCCAUGCUAUUCUAUAGUUUGCCCUUGGAAGGAAUGGGUUUCAUCCAUCUGUCUGCCUGGCCUAGUGGGGAUCCUAGAACCCUAGCACCCGGAGGAAUCCUAGAACCUAUCCCUGGAACCAAGCAUUUGUCAUCUUAGUCACCUCCCCUCUGGACCUUGACAUCUGGCAGGCCAUGCAGGUUUCACCAGCCGCUAAGACUUGGUUGCCAGGGCAACCUGCAGGGGGAGUUACUAUGACCAACGUUACAGAGUUCUCGUCACUCAGCUCCUGGGUUCUGGUUCCCCCGAGACACUGGCAGCCAAUUGUGCUGGCUAUCACAGAAGGGCAGGUCUGCCCCUAACAUUUGUGGGAUGUGGGGUAAGAAUACAAAGACCUCUCCCCCAUCCUUUCUCUUCGCACCCUUUGCUUCAGCCGACACCACAAAGGGUCUCCUGGCGUGAGUAUGGGCAUUCCAACCAUACGUGAAAGCUCAUCACAUAGCUUCAUCCUUACUUCCCUGAACAGCCACUCUUGGCUUCCCCUUGGAUCCAGCACAUCGGUGGGGAAGAGGCUCAGGGAGAUUUGAGCAGGGGGCUCCUCACUAUGGGAAUAAAAUCUAGAGAAAGCUGUGGACACAUACUCUUUUUCCAGGUCUGGGGCAGAGUAUAUAGCUAAGAACACAGCUUCGUGCUACUUCUCUUGGUCAUUUCUCCUCAUGCAUCUGCUCCUUCAGUGUCCUUGCAGGAUAGGAAUCCAGGAUUCAUAGAUGCUCCUGCCAUAAUAACCAUCUUAAUCGUCUCAAUGCCUAACAUCUCAGUCUUUGUCUUUCUGUCUGUCUGUCUGUCGCUCUCUCUCUCUCUCACACACACACACAUACAAUUAUCCCUGGCCUUCUCCAGCAGGCUGAUCUGGGGUCUGGGAUGCCUUGAAAGCCCUCCUGGAUCAAUACCGUGUAAUGGCCAGACAUCUAUGUCGUGGGGAUCAUCCUUAAGUUUAUGAUCCAGAGGAUGUGUAAGCCAAAGCAACAGGUAACUGCUCUUCCUUCUGCCACAAAUAUCUUUCCUAAGAAACUGAGGCUGGCUUUGUCUGAUCUUGUCAUUCUAAAUAUGCUUCGAAGAUCCUGACUGGAGAGCGCAAGGUCAAGUGGGGGCAGCCAGAGGCCAUCUCCCCACCUGGCAACCAUGAUAACAGCACAGAGGUUAGGAGCUCAUGGGAAGCUUCCCCGUUUAACCUGAUAAACUUCCAGCCCUUACCACAGCAAAGAAACCAGGUCUGCCAACAAAAGUAGACAGCUGAUCCUCACUCCCACCCACUACCCAGGAAAAUGUGUCUCCCCACUUGCUAAGGGGGAGGGAGAAGCCAUCAGCAAGGUACCGGGCGUUCUUUAGGUGGGUUGUUGUCUAGAAACGUCUCCUGGUGCUGCGGAAUUCUAGCCCUAUUCAGAAUUCUCUGUUGUCUGCCUAAGACAUAUCACAUGGCCCUCCUCAGUGGUGAUGGGACCUGAAUACCUGAUAGGACCUUUGAGGGGGGAUGGGUUACACUAGGGAAGCAGGGUAUUGUCACCGCAGUAUCUUUGAAGUAAGAUGUAAGAUUGAAAUUUGGCUUCCUUCACUGGUUGUGGGAAUUGAGACAUGUUAUUUAAAGUCUCUGAGCCCAUUUGGGCAUUUAUAAAAUGGAAAUAAGGACAUGAGCUUGUAGCUUGUUUAUAAUUGCAUUAUCCUCCCUUGUUCCCUGUUUUUCUUCCAUAGAUGGACCAAGAAUGGGAAAAGAUUUCAGGCAGGGACCUGUUUCCAGGGCAAGAAGGGGUGGUCACGAGUAGAGACCAGCUCUGGGGACAGAGCUGGGUUAGCUUUUGUAUGCCCUUUACGGAGGUGGGGACAUUUCUAAGCGGGCUUUGUUUCCGGGGACUCAACCUUCUUUUAGAGACUGAGGCUAUUUUUAAUCCAAGUUUUAGUGAUUCUGCGGGACAGCUGUUUCAGGGAAAUAUGUAGGCCAGUCCGUGAUAUUUGGAGUCAUGAUUUUAAGGUUAGGGAGUGGGAUGGGAUGGGGAAGAACUAGAAUAACUUUGGAGUUUCCAGAGGCAUCCAAAGAGAUCUACACCUACCCUGGAGAACGCUGCAACCCAAAUUCACUUGGUGGCCCCUCAAGAGUCGAGAUGGGCUGAACAGAAGAACUUUCUUUUGUUACACUUCAGGGGGAGUGCGAGCUUCUGCCCUGUUUCUGUCCCCAUCUGCCAUUACCAAAUCACGAUGGAGAGCAGACUGGCAAUGCCCGUGUCGGAGAGGCUGUGGGAGAAGGGGUCCCUCUCACGCUGCAGUGGAAAUAAGACUGGUACGGCCCUUCUGGAGGCACUUUGCCAAUAUCUAUUAAAAUUAAAACUGGAAUCACCUUUGAA